GUUAAAACACAAAGGGAUGGUGAAGAGCUCCAAAAGGAUCUCUCCAAGCUGGGAGAGUGGGCAUCCAAUGUGAUUCAAGGAGAAUCCACUUUUCCUCACACACACACACCUUUUGAAUUGCAAGACGUGGAUUUAAGAGGAAAAUGGCUGAAGGAGAGAGGAUAGCAGGUCUAGAAAUGGAGAGGCAAGCCUCGCUAGACUCCAGGUUAUGGGAUGGAAUGGAAGAAGUCACAGGCGACGGCCCAUUGGUUAAAAAUGUGGACCAUGGUCAGGUAGCGUUGACCAGGCCAGCUUCACAGCAGGUUAAACAGGAACCGGGUAAGGGCCUUCAACAAUGCUGGGAAGGCCAGUGGCGGGAGUACCUGAAGAUCAGGGAAACCACUCACUCAGGAAGGAUAAACCCGCAGCCACCUGAGCCUGUGUCUAGGGAAGAUAUUAAAGAAGUCCAGGCCUCUUUCAAGGGAAUGACUGACACCAGCUAUUGGCCCAGGGGAGAGACACUGCGAGGCCUUGCUGGAGAGUCUCCCAAGGUCUAUGAAAAUAAUGGAGAGGUCAAAGCCGAACUUCUGGAUGAGGACCCCGUCAGCUCGGAGAUGCGACGCCAGCGCUUCAGGCAGUUCUGCUACCAGGAUGCAGGGGGGCUCCGAGAGGUCUUGAGCCGACUCCGGGAGCUUUGUCAGUGGUGGCUGAAGCCGGAACGGCACACCAAGGAGGAGAUCCUGGAGCUGGUGAUCCUGGAGCAGUUCCUGACCGUCCUGCCCCAGGAAAUCCAGAAGUGGGUCCGGGAACACUGUCCGGACACCUGCAGCCAAGCGGUGGCCCUGGCUGAGGAUUUCCUGUCAGGGCAGCGAGACGGAGACAUCAAGAGAUGGGAUCAGCAGGUGCCAAGACCUUUUGGGGAAAUGGCUGUGAAUUCCUCUGUGGCAGGCCGCGUUCCGCCAAAACUUUGGACAGGGCGGCUCUGCAGAGUGGCCAAGCUGGAGGAGGGGAAAGAGGCCAUCUUGCCAGGUGAUCGGCUGGUGUGCAAGACUGAGGGGAUUAGUUUUCAUCAGGAACCUUCUGAACAAGUGGAACCAAAUGCUGUAUUUUUGGAAAGAGGGAAAGAUCUCCAGGGUUACAGGAAAUCUGAACCAUUUGGGAGUGUGCAGGAACCAGAGAGGGAGCAAGAAGACGGACCAGAGAACUCUCUAGAGAAAACUGUUCCCUGCUGGAAGGAUGACAAUGAGAGGGGAGAAACCAGGGUCCAGCAAAGACUCCAUUGUCGUGACAGGCAGGCGACCUGUAUGGUUCCUGCGAGAAACUUCAGGCCCACUCCAGAAAUUCUUAUCCAUCAGAGAACCCUCGGUGGGGAGAAACCGUACAAGUGUUCUUUCUGUGGUAAUAGCUUCACUCGGACAUGGGAUCUCCUGGUACACACACGGAUCCACACCGGAGAGGCCCCAUAUAAAUGCUCGUACUGUGGGAAAUGCUUCAGCCGGGGUUCAGUCUUUAGGGAACACGUGAGAACCCACACAGGAGAGAGGCCUUAUGAGUGCUCUCACUGUGGGAAAAGCUUCAACCGGAAACGUUACCUUAUCAUACAUGAAAGAAUCCACACGGGCGAGAACCCCCCUCUGUGCCUCUUUUGCGGGAAAAGCUUCUCUCAGAGGGCCAGUCUUGUUGCACACGAGAGAAUCCACACGGGGGAAAUCCCGUAUAAAUGUGGGCACUGUGAAAAAAGUUUCUCUCAGAAAUCCAAGCUGGUCAUCCAUGAGAGAAUUCACACGGGGGAGACGCCCUACAAGUGCUCUGACUGUGGGAAAAGCUUCAGCCAGAAGGGAAACCUCAGGACACACAUGAGAAUCCAUACUGGAGAGAAGCCUUUCAAAUGCCUCCGUUGUGUGAAAAGCUUCUCCCAAAGGGCCAAGCUGCUGGUACAUGAGAGAAUCCACACUGUGUGUGACCAUUUACCUGAUGCUGUGGAAUAGUUCAAAGGAUUGAGAUAAGACAAUUUGCGGAGCAUAAGGCCAUCAUGUUAUUCGUGAUGGCUAUAUCCGGAGUGUGGUACCUCAGACCUGGGGGCCAAAUCGAACCCUCAGGGGUUCCAAUUCAGUGA